AUGGAGAAUUUGAUUAUUAAUAUGGUUGGUGACAUACCCACAGUGACGAAGAGUUGGGCCGCUGGAACGGUUUUAAUAUCGAUAUUAACGAAGGCGAAGUUGAUUGACGAGAAUAAGAAGCUUUACAAUUUUGAUUUGGCGUUCAAGAAGGGUCAGUAUUGGCGCGUAAUUUAUUCUUUAUUUGAUUACGGGAGGUUGAACUGGAUCUCUACAUUGGAUAUCAUUUUGUCAGUGAAUUAUUUGAGUUCACUGGAAACUUCAAUUGCAAGGAAAACUCGAUUUCUGUGGAUGAUUAGCCUUCUAUCUGCCAUUUUGAUAAUAUUGAGCAAAUGGGCGCAGCCGUUGUCAUCGUUGGGUCAACUUUUGUAUGCGAAUUUGGCAUAUUAUAAGAAACGUCGUGAUAUGCAAGCGAAUUUGCAUCGAGAUUGGAUUAGUAUUCCAUUAGUUUUGAGUUGUGCGGCGAAAUUGUUUGCCUAUCCAAUGAUGCAUUUCAGUUUGAUACAAUUGACAAUGGAGUUUUUGCCGGGGCAUUUGUUAUUUUUCUUGGCUGAGGUUAUGAGUAGGAUUUACGACGUGGAUUUGUGUGAACCACCUACGAGGUGGUUUACGCGAGAGCAAGCGUAG